AUGGUUGCGGGGAUGCGUUUCCCCAUAUUAGCCUCAUGCUACUUCCCCGCGACGGGCGACGACACCAUCGCCGGCGGCAUCUACUGCAUCGCGCUGACUGACCUGGCCACGUACCUGUCCAAGACGGGAAACAACCCCGGCGCCACGGGCACCGAGUCGCCCCGGGGCGGCGGCGCAUCAGCCUCUCCAGGAACCGGCCCCUACCCAGCCCAAGCCUUCACCGACCCGUCGCUCCCCAACCACACUGUCUUCGCGCCCAAGACCCCUCCCCCGGCCGACGUCUCCCUGCCCGCCGUCGCGUGGGGCAACGGCGGGUGCGGCACCGACCCGUCGACGCACGCCAGCUUCCUCGUCGAGAUCGCCAGCCACGGGUACGUGAUCGCCGCCGACGGUGUCGCGGGCGGCAAGACGGGCGCCUCGCAGUCCAUGGUCAAGGACAUGAAGGCGUCGCUGGACUGGUUCGCCCAGGGCAGCGGUGCGGCAAAGUACGGAAACGUCAACGCCUCGGCGCUCACAGCCAUGGGCCACAGCUGCGGCGGGCUCGAGUCCAUGUCAAGCGCGUACCACGACGACCGCGUCAAGCGCGUCGUGCUGUUCAACAUCGCCAUCUUCCAGGACCAGAAGCGGUACCUGCUGCAGGAGAUCAAGAUCCCUGUGGCGUGGUUUAUGGGUGGGCCAAAGGAUAUGGGGUACCCGAAUGCCGAGAAGGACUACAAACUCCUCCCUGCAGGCCUGCCGGCAUACAAGGCCAGCUUGGACACCGGCCACGGAAGCACCUUUGCUGCCGCCAACGGCGGCAAGGCGGCCAAGGCGGCUGUGGCGUAUCUGGACUGGCAGUAUCGAAGCGACGACAAGGCAAAGGCGAGGCUCUUGGAUCCAAAGUCGCCGGGGAGCCUGGUGUCGGAGAACUGGACUGUUGAGUACAAGAACUGGCCGUGA